AUACUAACAUAUUGAUUAAAAAUAUUUACCAUUAUUAUUUCAGUUCAAGGAAAAAGAUUCAUACACUCAAGCAGAGAUUGAUGAAGUUCGAGUAGAGUGGGCAGAAGUGGUUAACUCAUACAUCCAAGCAAAUGAAGUCUAAUAAUUAGCAUAUUUAUAUUUGAAAUAACAUAGAUGGAGAUAUGUAUAUAUGAUCGAGAUCGAUAUGAUGCCACAUGCGGUGGUUUUUUUAUUUAUAUAUUACUCUAUAAUCGCAGAUGUUCAUGAGUGAGGGGGAGGUGGAGAAAGAUGUGGAUGCUUAUAAAGUGGUUUCUGAUGCUCUGGAUUAUGGGUGGAGCUUAACCAAUCCAUGCGAUGCUGAUAUGAUAAUUUUUCCAGUAAUGAAACAUCGUUGGUGUUAUUGCAUAUGUGUGAACCUGAAAGUGAAUAGGGUUGAUAUCCUUGACAGCUCAUCGGCUGGUGUGGCAAAGAUUGAUAAGUAUGAUGAAAUGCCAAACGUUGUGCGAAACAUGGUUGUUAAGUAUUUUGAAAAUAAAGGUAUGGAUGGUCGGGUGGAAAAGGUGAAGGCACAACAGCCAAAACGAUUACAACUACCGUGGAGGGAUUCGACUGCCGUAUUUGAUUAUGGUGUGAUCACAAUGCGCCAUAUGGAGACGUACACGGGGCAGACAUUGAAGCGGUGGGACUGUGGUUUGAAAAAGGGGGAUGGAAAGGCGGUGAAUGCACUUAGGACAAAGUACUGUGCUGCAAUAGUCGAAUCAGAUGUGAACGGGGUUAGGGAGAAGAUUAGGCAGUUGGUGAAGCACAAUACUGGAUGAAGACUGCAUGGGGAUGAGAAAUUAAUGUUUUAAUGAGUGACUUGGCAUGGGGAUUAUGAUCUGUUUGUUUUAUGUUUUUAGGACUUGCAUUUGGGUGACAUUUUGAUGUUUUUGGUUUGGUGCAUAGCCCCUGAAUGAGUCCAUCACUGGCUUGUUCAUUUUGCUAGAUGGGGUUGAAUUAUUGCUCAGAAUGAGCGUAGUUAGUAAUAUCUUUUAUUAUUUAAAAAGAAUUCUUGUUUAAAAAUUAUGGGCCGUUAGUGAUGUUUAG